AUGCUCCGCGCGUCCGUGCAGCCUGACGAGGUCAGCUACUCGACUGUCUGUAACGCGUGCUCCCGCAUGGGCGAGGUGGAGCGCGCCGAGGCGUGGGCGGAGCGCAUGCAGAACGGAGGAGUGCGGCCCACCGGUGACGCCUGGUGGGACAACGACGGGCCGCUGCACACGCCUAAGCCGCUGAGGAAGGCGCUGUACUGUUUCUGCUCGGAGGGCCCCGCUGCUGUGGUCGAGCACCUGGAGCGCGCGCUCGAGCUCCAGUGGGUCUACGGGUUCCCCCGGGUGCCCCCCGGGGAGGCGCAGCUGACGCACGGCAUAUACAAGUACGUCGGCGGAAUGCAGCCGUCCACCGCGAAGGAGUUCCUGAAGCUGGCGCCGCCGGGGUCUCGGCUCGUGCUGGACCCCUUCUGCGGCUCGGGCACCGUGCUGGUGGAGGCCCUCGCGGGCGGCAUGGACGCCGUGGGCUGCGACGUGUCGCCUCUCGGCGUGUUCGUCUCCUCGCACCACUGCGACCUCGCCCGCGUGGACGCGGAGGAGCUGGCCGCCGCCGCGCGAGAGGCCGCGGCGGGGCUGCAGCGCGGCCCGGAGGACUGGCGGGUGCUCCGCGCGCGCCUCGGCGCGAUGCGGCCGGGGCCCGUGCGGGACGCCCUCUGGUUCGUGCUCGCCGUGGCGGUGGCCACGGCCGCGCCGCCGCCGGCCACGGAGGACCCGGAGGGGAGGCGCGCGCGGCCGUACUUCCUCUCCGCGGCGCAGAGGUACUGCGCGGGCCUGGCCUCCCUGCGGGCGGCCGUGCCGCCGGGGUGCAGCGCCCGGGUGCUGCACGAGGACAACCGCGGGCUGCGCCUGGACCCCCCCGCGGACGCCAUCGUGACCUCGCCCCCCUACCCCGGGGUGUACGACUACCUCGCCACGGCCGGCCUGGCCCGCCGGCGGGUAGCCCGCGGCGCCGCCGGCGCCGCGCUGCCAGGCGCCGCGGGCGCCGCGGCCUCGGCGGUCGAGGAGCUGGGCGCCAGGCGUGGGUGGCUGGAGCGCGGCCCCGCGGAGUUCGCGGAGGCGUGGCAGCGCCAGCAGGAGCAGUGGCUGGCCGCCGCGUUCCGGAGCCUCCGCCCCGGGGGCACCGCGACGCUGAAGAUCGGCGACGGCGACGCCGAGCUGGAGGGGGGGCACUACGUGGACAACCUGGCGUCCACGCUGCGGGCCGCCGAGGCGGCCGGCUUCGCGGUCGUGGCCACGGCCACGAUCGAGAGUUGCGCGGACGAGGCCCACAAGACCCACGGCAUGCUGCGCACGGAGCACGCGGUCCACCUCCGGCGGCCGCUGCCCGCCGAGGGGGGGCCUCCCCCGCGGGCGGCCG